UCAGGCAUCCUCUCACAGCUCAGACCAACGUCCUCUGCUCACUGCAAAUCCUCCUCUGGAAAGAAGCACAAGUGACCAUUCUUUGCACCUUGAAACUCUUGGAGGUGUACUGGUCCCGGAGCCUCUGUGCUGUGCAGAUGAAGCCAUGGGUGGACACCUCACUGGGAGCAGGGAAAGAGGUGCAGGGACAAGCCCAGGGGUGUGUGGCACGGAAACAGUGCAGGGGCAGCUGGCAGAGCCCCCACCAGAGCAGGGAGCAGCAUGCAGAGCCACCCAGGCUCCUCACAGCUCCGGAUGAAGGGAGGAUGAUCAGUCCCCAGGAGCACCUGGAUAGGGUUUUGGCUGGGAGCAAGAAGAGCAUGGAGAGCGUCAGUGAGGAACCAGGCACGGAGCUGGCUUUUUGCACUGGAGAUGAUGAUGGGAUUGAGGAAGAUGGAGAAACCCCAGAGGAGCAGCUGCCGAGUUUCCCCAAUGAGCUCUCAGUGCUGGAGAAAUUGGGACUGCACAGCACAAAUUUGACGGAGCAGGACGUGGAGGCAGCCUUUGCCCACCUCGCCCUGGCGUUUCGCUGCGACAUGUUCACCCUGCAGCAACGAGUGCAGGUGGAGAAGCGAGCACAAGAUGCAGCAGAGGAAAACAUUCAGGAGGAGCUGGAGCAGUGCCGGACUUUCCUGGAGAGGCUGACUGCAUCCUGCAUGGAUGUGAGCUGCAAGGAGGUGCUGGAGCAGCUGCAGUGCAGCCUGGCUGUGCUGGCAGCUGCCAUCAAGCGUGCCACCAGUGCUGCAGAGAAGCUGGGAGCUGUCCACCAGGAGGCACGGAUGAGCCGAGCAGCGGAGGUGAUGGUCCAGCAUGUGGAGAACCUGAAGCGGCACCACCUGCGUGAGCACGCUGAGCUAGAGGAGAUGAAGUGCCUGAUCCAGCAGAACUCCCGCAACCGGCAGUUGGCAGAGACCCAGGAUGAUGCAGAGCUGCGGCUGAGGCCUCACCCCCUGAUGCGAGGUUUCCAACAGUCAUCUGCACGCCGCCGAGUCAGCAUUGCUGUCAUCCCAAAGCAGCUCUUGCCAGCUGCUGGCGUGGAUGGCCGAGCAACCCUGGCUGGCAGGCCUGAGGGUGCCCAACACCAGACCAGCACCCAGAGGAGCAAACUGGAGCCACCAAGCCAGGGCAAGCUGGUGUGCGAGGGGCUAGUGGUGGAAGCAGGUGGCAAGCAGUUGGAAUCAAUCGCAGGGGGCAAGGAGCUGGGGCAGCUCAGGAUGAUGUCCAAGGAGUCCUCUGUGGAGCUGUGGCAACCGUGGCUCUUCAUCUCACAGCCCUACUGGGUUGUGUUCUGCCUGCUUCUCCUGAGCGUCGCCUUCCUCCUCCUUCUCCACCUUUUGGAGCUGCAGCGGCUGCAGCCUGCAGCAUCACCCAAAGCUUAGCUGCACCCACUCCCCAUCACUGCUCCUCCUGACACUCUUUCCCCCUCCUCCCUCCCUGCUCUC